GUUCACUUCAUUGGUUCUGGGAGUGGUGGAUAAAUUUCUCAGAAAUAAAAGUACACAAAAUGUAAGCACGAUAAAUUUCAAAGAUAUAUGCAUCAGAAAUUCAGAUAAUCACAACUCGUCAAUAAAUCAAUCAUGUUUGGUUUAAAUGCCAUUUCAUAUACUGAUGCAAAUCAUGGCCGAAAUAUAGCUGUUAGUUUAAAAGACAUGCGUAAUUCGAAAGUUCUCACUGACCUUACACUCAGGGCUCAGAAUAAGGAAAUACAUUGCCAUCGAAACAUACUCGCUGCUAGUAGCCCGUACUUCAUGGCGAUGUUUACCACCGGCCUAUGUGAAAGCUCUAUGACGUCUAUCGAUAUUAACGGCAUUGAUGAAACCGCUUUGGACGUCAUCAUUAAUUUUAUGUAUUCCGGAUGUUUCUCGAUCAACGAGAGCACAGUACAGGACCUAUUCAUGGCAUGCAAUCUCCUUCAGAUUUCACAGCUUGUUGAAUAUUGUGUGGAAUAUUUAGAACGAUGCAUGAACAUAUCAAAUUGUAUUGGUAUAAUUGAUAUGGCGAAGACAUACUCAUGUGAACAGUUAGAAGAAGUCGCAAGAGAUUACAUAAGUUAUAAUAUUAUGAAAGUGUGUAAAGAAGAGGAAUUUUUAAAAGCAUCCGAGUCACUAAUUCGCGAGAUAAUUUCUAAUGAGAAUUUGAAUGUUGAACAUGAGCAAUCUGUAUUCGAAACACUGGUAGAAUGGAUUAAAUUUGAUGAGAAGUCACGAUCAAAUUAUACAGCCGAUCUCCUGGCAUGUAUUUCACUGAGUAAAAUUGAUGAACAAUACCUCCGUGAUGAAUGGAAUAAAAAUACAUUCUUAACAGAAAGCUUAGCUCCAUGGAACAUUGAGAAGGGACCAGAAGAGACUCUGAUAAAGCCAGAUCGACUUGGUACAACUAAAAGGGAGCUCUUACUUUGCGUAGGUCGUAAAAAUCGUGAACAAGCAUUAUGGUGUCAAAGUGUUGAGUGCAGUAUCAGUUACAGCAUUGCGCUUCCCGUAGUUUGCCGUGUGAUGGGUGUCCAGUUUGUCGUGACCAACGACAAUGACAUCUACAUUGCUACCGAUGACUACCGUGACAAAAGUUUCUACAAAUACAGUCACAUCCAAGAGAACUGGAUAGAAAUGUCACCUAUGCUUUAUGGCCGUUCUGAAUUCUCUCUGAAGUGUGUAAAUGACAGAAUCUUCACUAUAGGUGGUAUGAGUGACUGGGACAUUUUAAACAGUGUUGAGUGCUAUAACCCACUACGUAAUGAAUGGACAUUCAAAUCAGAAAUGCCACGCGAUGUUCUUGAUUAUCGCACAGCUGUUUACCGCGAUUCAAUAUACAUAUUUUCCGGUAGUCGGACCAUGUGCUACAACACGACUACCGAUACAUGGACACCCUCGCUUGCACCCAUGCCAACACCACGUCUUUGUCCAGGUAUUGUUACUGUAGGGUCAGAGAUUUGGGCAAUUGCUGGUGAAUCAGCAGGAGAUGGUGAAACCUAUGCUAAACCAAUGGUUGAAGUAGAGGCUUACAUUCCAGAAUCAAACACAUGGGAGCGUAAACCACCACUGAACGUAGCUAUAAAAUAUUGCUCUGCCUGUAUGUAUAACUCAAAACUCUAUGUGUGUGGACUGCGUUUGAGCAUGAUCUCCUCACUCAAUUCUCGUUGUAGUAUGUUUGUUUACGAUUCAGUUAAAGAAGAGUGGACAGACCUGGGACUGAUUUCUCUCCUAGAAGUCACUGGCAUGGUUACAGCUAAAAUGUUUGUUAAAAACCUAAAAGCAUGACGUAGAUCAAUAGUAAAAUAUUUAUAAUAUUUUCCAAGGCAUGCACAAUUUUAAUUUUUGUUAAACAUGUUUAAAAAAAAUGUUUAUAACAAUUUGUAUACAGUACUGUAUGUAUUUUAAACUGUUUGGUAAUCAUGUUUAAUUGCGAUUUGCAAUCCCCGAUUGCAUUAUAUGGGUGUGCUAUAAAACUUGGUACAUUCUUUUUAUAUUAUAUACAGUAAUUAAUUUCUCAUGAUUGUCAACAGUAAAGAAUAUUCCAUAAGUAAUUAAAAACAAACAUGCCAGGAAGUUGCAUAAAGUAUGUUAGAAAUUUACUGACAUUUCUUCUAGGAUAUAAUAAAAAGACAAUGUAAAGCCUGAAAAUGACUGUUAAUGGAAUUUUUGGAGUCUGGGAAGUCACAGAAAUUUGCAGUCAAAAUGAGCAAUGAAAACCAUUAGAGUUACAUUACUGAUAUAUUCAGUUUUUAACAAUGUUCAACAGUACUGUAACUGAAAUGACCAAAAUGAUAACCCUCCCAAGGUACAGGAAGUCCAUGAAUCAUGUGACCCUCCAUGAAAAGACAGUAGAAACAUUCCUUUGGUGACUUUUCUGCAUCUUAACACCAUAUUGUAUUAUGCAGUAAAUGAUGGUGGGAUAUAUCAGGUAAAAUAUGUAUAACGAUUGGAGAGAAGAAUAAAAAUUUCAUCAUGAAAAGUUGUGAAAAGGUACCAAUACUCAGCCUACAAGGGAGUGUGGCUUUCGAAGUCAUGACUUUGAAGGGAACAUCUUUCUUUAGACUUCACAAAUUUGUAAAAAUGUGUUCUACAAUUUUAAAACAAUAAAUUGAUUAAAUAUUAUUAUAUGUAUAUAAACCUCAUAAACUUUAUUGAACAGAAAUGUAUGUGUAAUUUCAUUUUCAAUGGAAUGCAUUUGAUGAUGUGAUUCAUGUACCUGUGUUGUGUCCGUGGUGAUCACAGAUGCACUUGAUGGCAGCCUAACUCCAGCUACUACUAUCUGAAAUAAAUAAAGCAAUGAGGGCAGAAGAAGUUUGCAUUAUGCCUACACUCACUACUUGGCAUUGCUGAGCAGCAACAUAUAAAAUAAAAUAGUGUUUAUACUGAU